UAGUUGCGGGGCGCCCGAGUCCGCACAUGUGCCCAGGUUUGGAACCUUCGGGGCAAUCAUGGAUACGCCGCGGAGGCGCAGCAGGCGGCUGGAGGGCCUGAAGCCGGAGCCCCCUGGGAGUUCCACCUCAGUUCUGCGGGUGAAACGGGCCCUGGUGAAGAUCGAAACGGGCGAUCCAGAAGCAACCAGGGAGCCCGGGUCUCCUCGGAGCUUGCGGCAGCCGGGCCCGGGGUCCCCGGGACACCAGCCGGAGGCAAGACCGGGGUCCCCUGGACAUCAGCCGGAGACAAGCCCGGGGUCUCCCCGUCCGCAGCAGUGUGCAGCCCGGGAGCCCCCCAAAAGGCUGCCAGAGCCGUGCUCACGGCCCCCCCAGCGUCAGCAAGAGCCAAGCUUGGAGUCAUCCCGGAGCCCGCCAGAGUCGAGUCCAGACGCCCCCCGGCGGGAGCCGGCGCCAAAGAAGGAGCCCCCGGCGAGACGCGAGGGCCGCGAGGAGCCGGGCUCGGGGCUGGGCCCGGGGUCCCCCCGACGUCAGGCGCAGCUGGGCUCGGCAUCCCUGGAGCCUUGCCCGGGCCAGCCAGCCCCGGGUCCGGAGCCCUCGGGGCCCCGGCAGGAGCUGACACGCCCGUCCCCCGACCCCCCUCGAGCGCUGCCUGAGCCGCGGAAGCCUCCCCAGGCCGGGGACGCGGCCACGGACGGCCUCGGGGCCGAGAAGCGGAAAGGGCCGGCAGCCCAGGCCCCCGCGGUCAAGAAGCUCAAGAAGGAGGAGGUGCCCGUGAUCCCGAAGGGGAAGCCCAAGUCGGGGCGCGUGUGGAAGGAUCGCUCCAAAAAGAGGUUCUCCCACAUGGUACAGGACAAGCCCCUGCGGACGUCCUGGCAGCGGAAGAUGAAGGAGCGGCAGGAGAGGAAGAUGGUCAAGGACUUUGCACGCCACCUGGAGGAGGAGAAGGCCCGGCUCCGCGAGGAGAAGAAGCAGCGCCGCGCCGAGAACCUGAGGCGCCGCUUGGAGAACGAGCGGAGGGCGGAGGUGGUGCAGGUGAUCCGGAACCCGGCCAAGCUGAAGCGCGCCAAGAAGCAGCAGCUGCGCUCCGUGCAGAAGCGGGACACCCUGUUCGCGCUGCAGAAGACGCCGCCCCGGCAGCUACAGGCCGAGCUCGGGUCGCAGGGGGCCGGGGGGGCUGGGGGGCAGGGGCCUCCCUGAACCGCCUCCCACACCCCGGCCGGGGCCGAGCCCCGGAGGUCCUGGGGCAGCAGGAUCAGAGACGGCAGGGAAAUCCGGGACCAGGGAAAUCCCGGACCGGCAGCAGGGAGAAGGGAGGGGCCGUGCCCUUUGCUCCGCCCCGCCCUCACCAAGUGCCUGCACCCGAGUCCAUUCGGGUAACUCCGGGAGCCUGGUCGUGGGCUCCCAAAUGCCUGCGCCCAGGCCAGACCUGCCAGCAAACACUUACCCCUCCCUGCGCCCGUGUCCCGGUCGCCCCGCAGACAGCCCGAAGCCAGCCCACUCUUCCCUCCCUGGACAUGACCAGGAGGAGAUGGUGAGGGGCAGCGUUUCUCUUGGGCUUCGUCCGCAGAAGCCCCCAGGUCUGCUGUGCCGCCCCGCCCCAGGAGACAGCACAAAUAUUUAUUGGCUCCACGGCCCCACCCAGGCACGUGGCAGGUACCAAGGGCACAGCUGGCACCGAGUUCCCGCUCUGAUGGCGAAGAAUAAACAAGGGAACAAUACUAUCUAUCAGUUGAGGGUGAGCGUGGGGUAGGGUGGGAGGAGGGAGCCCGGGUGGGGGUCGGGGUGCACUGUGGGUUCGCUGAGCACACACCAGGGGCCGGGGCAACCCCAGGACCCGUGCACGGAGGUAACAACGGCUCUUCCCAGUUCUGCCAGUGGUUUGCCCGCCAUACACAUGGAUGGCAUCAGCUCAGAUGGGCACUGGGCCUGUCCAUGAGUCCCAGGGGUAGAGGCAACGGGCAAUCCAGUGGCAAUGGAGUGCCCUCCACAUUGCCCUGCUG